AUGGCACUUGAAGACCGGACCGAGCCGCCUUUAGAACCUAGGCCUAACCUCGACACAGCGCUAGCGGCUACAGCUGCGGCUGCAACUGCUAUGCCGGAGCCCCCGGCGAACGAUCAAUCCCAAGCAGUGUUGGAGCCAAACCCCAAUGACGACACAAUGGAAUUCGACGAGCUAAGUGGCCGUACGUUAUCCCACCCCGGCCCGUGGAAGCAAAUGCUCAGCGACAGACGUAAAGCAAAGCAGCAAGCCUUUUCAACAAACACGCAGCCGGCGCCCGUGCAAGCAGUCCAGAACCUCAUCGUGGCCAGCACCCCCUACGAGACCUACGCCGAUGCCCUUAGCGAUGUCACGUCGCUACAACUGGAGGACGCAACGUAUGAAAUCUCGCCGUACGUUAAGCCUUUCCCCGGAACAGUGCGGGGAGUCAUACACGGUCUAGACCCCGGAACAACCACGGAGCAGCUCCCGAACAUCAUUGCCUCUCCGGGACCCAAAAUACAACAGGCAAGAAUGCUAGUGACCCACCUAGAAUUACGCCCUCCGACGAUGAAUGCGAACAGUACCAUAGUGGUGAACCCUAAAAGGUCUCCCCCAACACCACUGAUGAUUUGGCAAUGGAAUUGUCGCUCAUACCGCGGCAAGCAAAAUUCACUAUCACUGUUUGCAAACGUACAUUCACCGGCCGUUAUCGCUCUUCAGGAAACUGGCACAGAUCAGAUAACGCUCAGGGGGUACACCACGUUUAUCACCGAUCCUGCCUCACGAACGGCCACUUUGGUCCAGACAACUCAGACAGCGCAGGCACACACCCUCCCCACAACCUUGGACUAUGUUUUCGUAGAACUUAUCCCAAAAAAGAAGACACAAGCCAGCCUUUUCAUCCUCAACAUAUAUAGCCCCCCAUCGUCACCCCUCAAUGAAAUUGACCGCCUCUUCAAGACCGUUAGACAAAGAACAAAAGGGCACGGACUGGGGUGCUAUGUGAUCAUUGGUGAUUUCAACGCGCAUCACACAAUAUGGGGUUACCAUAGGGACAACAAAAAAGGAAGGCAACUCCAUGAAGCCAUUAGACAAAACAAUCUUCACUUGUGUAAUACCCCAGAUACCCCCACGCGGAUGGGUAAUAGUGUCUCACGAGAUACUACUCCGGACCUUACGCUUACUUAUGGACUCAAAGAUCCAACGUGGGAAUGCCUCACAGAAACAUUGGGAAGUUACCAUUAUAUCAUACAGCUACAGCUCUUCCAUCAUGAGGCAGCAGCACAAAGAAUAGGCACUGCCCGUCUCACCGAUUGGAGAAAAUUCCGGGAAAUAACACCCACCAGUCCCAUCCACGCGAUUGAAGAAUGGACAGCACAAAUGUUGGAGGCAGCUAAAAAGCACACUAAGGAAUUACCGUUAACCCAAGACUGCCCCGCAAUUGACGCACACCUCUUACACCUAUGGGAGGCCCGACGAGGGCUAACAAAACGCUGGAAAAAACGGAGAACCAAUCGAAAACUUCGUCUUCGUAUAGCCCAGAUAACACUAGAAGCGGCAACAUAUGCCAUACACCUCAGCCAACAGAACUGGUCGCAGUUCUGCACGAAGCUACAGGAUUUGGCAUGCAAGAAUCUGACACAUUACGGAUUGUACAAGCCAUACUCAUUAGCCGGGUCGCCUAUGGCACGCCAUAUUUGUCCCUCAAAACAACCGAAAAAUCAAAACUUAAUAUUGCCCUGCGCCAAGCAUACAAGACCGCCUUAG